AUGGCUUUAGUUUUGCUCAUUUCGACUCUUGCCUUCAGCCUCACAAAUGGAAUAAACCUACAAGAUUUUAGCUGGCAGUUAAAAAAAAUACCACAGAUUGUGAAGGAAAAGACUUUCUUUCUCGACACUCCUAAAUUUGAAGCCAGUGCCAAAUUAGAACUGAGCGGCGUAUGUGGGAUUGAAUGCCAAAGGACACUACCAGUGCCACGUUGGUCUGAUCUGAAGGAGCUGCUUUCCUAUGAGACAGUCUUUGAGAAUGGGACGAGGACCUUGACAGAAGUGGAGGUUCUGGGGGUGGAGCCCGACGCAGUUGUAAACGUUACUAGCGAGAUGCCAACAAGAAGGAAGAGACAGGUCUAUGGCACAGACAGCAGAUUCAGCAUUUCAGACACUCGAUUUCUGACCAACUUUCCUUUUAACACAGCGGUAAAGAUCUCCACGGGCUGCAGUGGCAUCCUUAUUUCUCCAAAGCAUGUACUCACUGCUGCCCAUUGUGUGCACGACGGUAAAGAUUACAUUAAAGGCGGCAAGAAACUGAGAGUGGGGCUGUUGAAACUGAAAUCCAAAGGCAGUGGCAAGAGACGCAGGGGAGCCAAGAGGAGUAAGAGGGAGGUGCCAGAAGUCAAAGAUGAUGCGGCCGACUCCAAACUCCAGAAGAGGGGAUCUGGCAGCAGAGCUGGCAGAAAACAAAAGACAUCUGGGUUGAACGAGAGGAAGUCAGAGCGCAAGCCCUCCUUCCAGUGGACCAGAGUUAAAAGUACUCAGAUCCCCAAAGGCUGGACAACAGACGUGACAAGGGAUGUUGCAGUCGAUUAUGACUAUGCAGUUUUGGAGCUCAGGCGUCCCCACAAGAAGAAAUACAUGGAACUUGGCAUCAGCCCGAAUAGCAAGAUGAUUCCUGGAAAUAUGAUCCACUUUUCUGGAUAUGAUGCAGACCGAGCUGGCCAACUGGUUUAUCGCUUUUGCAGCAUAUCUGAUGAAUCCAAUGAUCUCUUCUACCAGUAUUGUGAUGCUGAGCCUGGCUCUACUGGUUCAGGAAUCUACCUCCGCCUUAAAGAACCAAACAAGAAGAAAUGGAAACGCAAAAUUAUUGCCAUUUAUUCUGGCCACCAGUGGGUGGACGUUAAUGGAGAACAACAGGAUUACAAUGUUGCAGUUCGAAUUACACCCCUCAAAUAUGCUCAGAUUUGCCUCUGGUUAGGGAACAAUGACACUUGUGCACAGGGCUAACAAUAAUAAUCAUCUAAUAUCUAGUAGUGUUGGGCAAUGGAAGUCAUACAUUGAAUUUGAACUUGACAUCAGAAAUUAUAUAUUUUUUUGUAUUGAUUCAGCAUUUAUGAGAAUUUUUCUGCUAGGUUAAUUAAGUUAACCAUAAACAUGAGGUGCACUUAAAUCCCAGGUUGUGUAUGUAUGUAUGUAUGUAUAUGUCUCUGUGUGUGUACACACAAACACACAUAUAGGUAAGUUUAAAUCAUUCAUACUAAAGAACAAAUAUUCUUGGCUCUUUCAGUUUGUUACUCAAUUAACACUUUAAAGAAAAGAUUCUUUGGUAACUGGUAUUAUUAAAACAUUUAUUAUUUUAUUUCCAACAUAUUAACUUAUCUCAGGGUUCUGCUCAAAUAAGCAUCAUGUAUUCAUUAUUGAAACAUAGAGUAAGACAAGAGACAGAAAAAAAAUGAUCUUUGGUGGUCCUACCAAAUUAAUGUUUAAGUAUUUCUAAAAUUUGGGAAACCCAUUUUCUUGAAUUCUAAACCAAUAAAAUGAAGCUUAAUCAAAGUAGCAUGUUCCCAAUUUGAAGAAACGAGAAAGAACCAUAUUAUUUAAAUACUUUUAAAUCAUAUUUAGAAAAUGAACAAAACUGGGAGUAUUAAAAUUUAUUUGUUUUAUUCAGUCACUACUUUGAACAAAUCCCUGCUUGUUUAUUAAGGUGCAAUAAUGACAUUUAUGUAUUCUAAUUUUUAAAACUAUAAAAAGCUAAAUGUAUCAUUCUAUCAGAAAUAGGAGAUAACAGUAGCCCAAGAAGCCAUAUACAGUAUAUGCUCCUAAUGGUAAAGGUAGCUUGAGAAGAAAAUAACUCUGUAGCCUCAAAUGUAAACAGAUGUAAUUGUCACAUAUAUUGAACUGUACAUAAACGUUUCACCAUAAAGGUAACCUGAGAUGCACAAGUUGUACUGUUUCCCAACCUCAACAACUUGGGGAUGUGAAUACUUCAAUUCCUAAAAUUCUUAGCAGUGGUUAUGCUGACUGAAGAUUUCUAGGAGUUAAAGUCCACAGACCUUAAAAGCUGUUGAGAUUGAAAAAACUUGUAUUAAGAAUUAUCAGUGAAUCUUUCUUUCUUCAAAUAAUAGGCCACAUUGUGGAAACAGUUCUUCAGAUUUCCACCACAACUACCAAAGCAAAUAAUUAUUUGUUAAUUAAUCAUAAUCUAAUGUUUACAGAAUUUGUAGGUUAACAUUUAUGUAAAUAUAUUACUGAUUUCUUAUGUAGCAAGAAUUCUUAUGGGUUCUUUUACUAGAAAAGGAUUUAAAUUAGGCUUGUUAUUUAAAAUGUACACAUUUCAGUAGCUUUUCAAAAUAAUCUCUCCGGUGCUUUCUGCUUCAAAGAUUGUCAUAUAUCUGAAGGCCAUGUGGGAAAAACAAAGUCAUUGGAACUCUAUUUAAUAUGUAAGGUUAAGGUGAAAUAUUCCUGGCCAUGUGUAAUCUUGGUUUUAUUAAUAU